UUCAAGGAGGGGAGCGACAUUCAGCCGGAAUCGGAAGCCACCUCAGAAGCCUCCAGUCCAUCUGUUCUUUGUUAGGGUUGGGGAGCACCGCUCGGACCCACCCAAAGCUCCAUGGUUUCCCCAGACCUCUGUGAUGGUGACUGUGGGCUCCGAUGCUGACGCCUGGUGUACAUCUCGCAACAUGAAGGCAGAGAGCCCGACUGGUUGGCAGUGGGGGCUGUUUCUGUGUCUUCCCGAGUUCAGCGCUGAGGGAGGCGGCAUAGCCACCUGAACAUGGAAAAAUCCAACAAGUAGUUUCUCGUCGGUGGAAGGUUUGGCUGGGCGUCAGGUGGGAGUCAGUCCAGCAGGCAAGAAAGCCGCGUCGUGUCGGAAAGCAGGCAGACCUACUUUCUCUCGGUCUCUCGCUUGUUAAGUCAUGUCUGAGCCACAGAAAUGGGCAAGAUCGAGAACAACGAGAGGGUGAUCCUCAACGUGGGGGGGACCCGGCACGAAACCUACCGCAGCACGCUGAAGACCCUCCCGGGGACCCGCUUAGCUCUGCUCGCCUCGGAGCCCCAGGGCGAUUAUUUGACUGGAGGCGAUGAGCAGCAGCCAUCGCCCCCUCCCCCGACGCCCCCCGCUCCGCCCCUGCCGCCUGGCCCAGCCGGAGGCUGUUUUGAGAGCAGCGCAAGCAACUGCAGCCCCCGGGGCGCCCACGGAGGCGGCGGACACGAGUUCUUCUUCGACCGGCACCCUGGGGUUUUUGCCUACGUCCUCAACUACUACCGCACAGGCAAGCUGCACUGCCCAGCCGACGUGUGCGGACCCCUGUUCGAGGAGGAGCUGGCCUUCUGGGGCAUCGACGAGACCGACGUAGAGCCCUGCUGCUGGAUGACCUAUAGGCAGCACCGGGACGCGGAGGAGGCGCUCGACAUCUUUGAGACCCCCGACCUUAUUGGCGGCGACCAAGGCGACGACGAGGACCUGACUGCCAAGAGGCUGGGCAUCGAGGAGGUGGCGGGGGUGGGGGGCCCGGACUGCAAAGCCGGCCGCUGGAAAAGGCUGCAGCCCCGGAUGUGGGCUCUCUUCGAGGAUCCCUACUCCUCUCGAGCCGCCAGGUUCAUUGCUUUCGCUUCUUUAUUCUUUAUCCUGGUUUCAAUCACAACCUUUUGCCUGGAGACCCAUGAGGCUUUCAAUACCAUUAUAAACAAGACAGAACCAGUCAUCAAUGGCACAAAAGUUGUUCUGCAGUAUGAAAUAGAAACGGAUCCCGCUCUGACGUAUGUAGAAGGUGUGUGUGUGGUGUGGUUUACAUUUGAAUUUUUAGUCCGUAUUGUUUUUUCCCCAAAUAAACUUGAGUUCAUCAAAAAUCUCUUGAACAUCAUUGACUUUGUGGCCAUCCUACCUUUCUACUUGGAAGUGGGACUCAGUGGGCUCUCAUCCAAAGCUGCUAAAGAUGUCCUCGGCUUCCUCAGGGUGGUGAGAUUUGUCAGGAUUCUGAGAAUCUUUAAGCUCACCCGCCAUUUUGUAGGGCUGAGGGUGCUUGGACAUACUCUUCGAGCAAGUACUAAUGAAUUUUUGCUGCUGAUAAUCUUCCUGGCCCUAGGCGUUUUGAUAUUUGCCACCAUGAUCUACUAUGCUGAGAGAGUAGGGGCUCAGCCUAACGACCCUUCAGCUAGUGAGCACACGCAGUUUAAAAAUAUCCCCAUUGGGUUCUGGUGGGCUGUAGUGACCAUGACCACUCUCGGUUAUGGGGAUAUGUACCCACAGACUUGGUCAGGGAUGUUAGUGGGGGCUCUGUGUGCUCUGGCUGGAGUGCUGACCAUAGCCAUGCCUGUGCCUGUCAUUGUCAACAAUUUUGGAAUGUACUACUCUUUGGCAAUGGCAAAGCAGAAACUUCCAAGGAAGCGAAAGAAGCACAUCCCUCCAGCUCCUCAGGCAAGCUCUCCUACGUUUUGCAAGAUGGACUUGAACAUGGCCUGCAAUAGCACACAGGGAGAUCCGUGCCUGGGCAAAGACAAUCUAUUGCUGGACCAUACCCGAUCAGUGUUAUCAGGUGAAGACAGUGCAGGAAGUGAGCAGCCAUUGUCACCCCCUGAAAGGCUUCCAAUGAGACGCUCUAGUACCAGAGACAAAAACAGAAGAGGGGGAGCCUGUUUCCUACUGACCACAGGUGAUUACACAUGUGCAACUGAUGGAGGGAUCAGGAAAGAUAACUGCAAAGAGGUUGUCAUUACUGGUUACACGCAAGCAGAGGCCAGAUCUCUAACUUAAUGACUUGGGGAAGGCACAAAACAUGAGAGAAAGGUAAAUGCCAGCCAGGCUUGCAUUUUUUUGAUUUUUUUUUUAGCCAGGAAAGCCUACUUGGUACCAUAAUCAUCUUUUCCCCUAUCCUUUCAACAUUUUUGAAAGAGGCCUAAGGCCAAGUCAACCCAAAGGACUUCUGCUCCUUUUUUAGGGGAGGGGAAUGGGGGUGGGUGCAAAUGUAGAAGGGCGGAGGUCUUUUAAAAGAAUUUCUUUGACCAGCCUUAAAUCUGUGACCUACUAGGUCCAUAAGAAUUUCAGGCAGUGUGUUUUGCAGGUGCUUCAUGUCCUGUAUGUUGUUUCUGUCUGUCUGUCAAACUACCUGUCUUAAUUGUAAACUUCAUCUGUCUCCAUAAAAGCACAGAGAUGCCUUAGGGGGAAAAAAGGCUUCCAUCGUUUAGUCCCAGAUUUUCUCCUUUCCCCCUAUUCAGUCCAGCCACCAUUCUUCAUAUGCAAGUUAAUAAUGUCCUUUAGACCACCUACCAUACACUAUGAUUGGUUUUGAUAUGCAGGGUUUAAGUAGAGGUUUUUGUUUUUGUUUUUUAAACUUUUUGCACUCGGUUGCCGGCUGGAAUGUCAGUUCUACUACCUAGCAACCAGCUGUCAUCACUACACUCCAACUAAGCCUCCGAGGAAUCAGAUUUAGUCUGUGAGGAAUAGAAUCUGUUUACCAAUCACUAUGAAUGAAAUAGCAAUAUCAGACCUGGUGUUUAAGGAUGAUGGGGUGGGGAGGCAAUGUAAAAAAAAUAAAAAGAGUAAAUAAUUCCUUUUGAGGCAGAAAAUAUCCCUGUCAUGGUUGAAUAAUACCUGCUUCUCGUAUGUUUAUUUUUGUUAGGAAAACAAUGACCACUUUUCUUGUUGACCAUGUAACAUGUAUUAAUUAAAUUGGUAUGUGUGAGCCCUACAGCAUGAACUGCAUGUCAGAAUCCUUCUACAAAAGUGUAUUUAUCUAAACAGAUAUUUCUGAUAUUUAGAGAUGUACAUUGAUGAAUCUUGCUCAUGUCACCUGUAAACAGAUGUAAGUCUCAACAGCUUUCUAGCAAAGGAAUUAAUACACUGUCUGGUGCUACUGUUACUGACUACAGUGUUGCCCAGACUUUUUCAUGGAUUUUUGACUGCUGACAAGGGAUAAUGGAAUUUAGCCAUAUCAAGGACUAUACUGGAAAGAGACUACUCCUGCUGCUGAAUGGGCCCUGAUAAGCAUGCCAUGCCUUGACGAGGUCCCAGCAUCUUCACUUGGAUUUAAAGAUGACUAAAGGACCAUGGACUGAACUUGGUGCUCCCAGUGUGAGAGGGCCACCAGUGGACUAGCCAGUGUUGAUUAACCCAUUGUAAAUAAAUUAAAAAAAAACACACAUUGUGCAUGGGAUGUCAGCUUUGGUCAUCUCACAUCAAGAGUAGCUGAAUCUGUGGUCAUUGAUGGCCUCUUAGGCCUCUUGCAAAGGCCCAAGCCUCUAUGUAUUUCCGCAUGGGCCUCUCCCCACCCAGUAGGUUGUGCUGCGAAUCAAAGACACAUGCAGUGAUCUUAAUUUCAUGUAUAUAUGUCUUAAUUUCCCACACCCUUACUAUAUUUUUUUGGUAAAAGAUUGGUUCUUAAACAUUGUCCGUAUUGUUUUGUUGGAAGCCAUUGACAUGAUUAUAUUAAUUCUUUUAUAAUUUCUAGUGUCUGUGAAAACAUGUGUAUUUUAUUUUUCAUUUAUUUGAGAAACCAACUGUUAUGGCUGGAAAAAAUGUCACUAACUUUGUUCAUAGUAUAAGUCUUUUUCAUUGUUACCUCAAGAAUAUAAAUAUGAUGAAAAAUAAAAUUCUGGCAAGUGAGAAUAUUUUUUUAUUACAAUAAUCAUGGAGAAACAUCAGUAAAUAGUGAAAUAUGUAAUCAAAUUAUAUCUUAAAAUGUAUAUUUUGCAUAAGAGAGGUAUUCUUUGAUGAAUUAUUCUUUGUGAGUUUUGUGGUAACUGAAGCUAGUCUAUUCCGUGUCUCUGAAGCUUUGUAGUUGAAACUGUUACAAGACUAUUUCAUCUUGUUGAAUGAACAUGUCCAACAUCCGUUAGUCACCCCGGGAUACUGGAUAUAAAGACCUAUCCCAAUUAUGAAACUCUGUAUUGUGGACCUUUUGUGAACAUUUCAAAGUGCAUGCACAACUUUGGGGAAAACCAAUGAUAAUGUAACUAACUGAAAUGAAGAAUAAAGGGUAAAUGAGUUGGGGAUGAAUUUA